ACUCAGAGUUGUGAUUAUGCCCGCAUUGCAUUGAGUAUGGGUUAUCCUUAAACCUAAGAAACGCAUAUUCUUUACUUUACCCCCUUCUCUUAAUGUAAUGCUUUGGUAACAGAAACCAACUUGAAACAGAUUCCCAGGUCAUGCGUCUCUUAAAUACAACAAUGGUAAGCAACAGAAUUCUGAUGAGUUGCAAAUAUCAGAGAUGUGUGACACCGAGUACAAGAGUUUCUACUUAUGGCUGGCAGAAUUCAUAGGCUUCUUAGGCCUACUUGCACUGUGCCUGUGGCUAGCCUUACGACCCAAAGAGCCAACAUGCAGCGUCACCUUCGUAACCAUAGACCAGCCCUCCGAUCAAAACGGGACCAUCUUUUACUCUCUUGAAUUCGAGAACCAAAACAAGGACUCUAACAUCUACUAUGAUGACUCAACUUUCCUUUUCUUGUAUGGGCAGCGUCAAGACAAGGUGGCAGAGACAACCUUAAAAUCAUUUCAUCAAGGGACUAGUAGCAAGCGCGUGGAAUCUGGCACUGUCCACGCUAAAUCUGAACUACUGAAAACUUUGCUCUCCAAUGCAAUAAAAAAUGCCACCAGUGAGUUAAAGGUGGCUUUAAGGACGAGGUUUCACUACAAGACAUGGGGAAUCAAGAGCAAGUUUCAUGGGUUAAACCUGGCUACUAAUCUACCAAUAGGUGGUGAUGGGAAGCUUAAGUUUUCGGGGAAGAAAAACAAGUACAAACUCAAACAGUGUAGUACCAAGAAAUUGGUCAAGUCGGUAAAGCACUGAUCUCAUUCCCUCCAUUUCUUUCUCUUGGUUCAAUUCUUCAUCUUAUCCUUUUCCCUUCGUUUCUUCUAACACUUAGAAAACAUACCCAAUUUGUGUGCAUGUGAUCCAAUACCUAUAUGAGAGAAAUAGAGAAUGUUCUUUACAUAGGAAAAUUAAAGAUUAGGUUAUGAUGGUUUCUUCUCGAAUCAAUAUUAGCUACAAUACAGUCAGACACAAAAAAGAUUAUUUGGUUUUGCAUUAUGUUGUAUGAGAAAAUUGUUUAGUUUUAGUAAGAUUUUCUUGUGUACAUAGUUGGUGUAAACCGGAUAGAAACAAGAGAAUUCAAUAUUUGUGUAUUCUUUUUCCCCCUUCAAAUAAGUACUCAUGUAGUGGUAUCCAUUGAACUAAACGUCAGCAAUGAAAGCAGCGUUCACAAUA